AUGGCGGGAGACGAACAGCAGCUCUUUCUGAUUGAAUUUCUGGUGGAUCGUGUCAACGUUCCGGGGAUUCGUGCCAUGCAUGACGAGAUUUUACCCGCCUUAACCUGCGUCUCGUUUCAGAUAUUGAAUCUUCCACUAAUAACAAUUCACCAAGAUGACCCUGCGGCCUCCAACUGCGCGUGCUUGGAAGAAGCCCAAGUCUUCAGAAAAGGGAAAUCCUGCCUCUUUGCACUUCCCACCAUAAUUCUUGAGAAAGAAUUACACUCCUUCCCAAUCACAAUGUCUGUGUACAAAAAACUUCCUCCUGGGGUUCUUCCAGAUGUAAUGCUGAUUGGGAGUGCAAUAAUUGAAGUGAAGGAUUUGAUAAAUUCGUUGCUGAAUAAACAAGUCUUCAAGAGUGGAAAUCCUUGUAAAUCCAUGAAAGAUACUUUCAAAAUAUCAACAGCAACCGGUCAACUAGUGGGCGACGCAACAGUUUUCAUCCGAACCUCCUGCUUUGGUUCAAAAAUCAUCACACAGUUCCAGAUUCCCGACAACAAAAAGCCGUACCUCUUCAAAGGGACAGACGAGAGUCCGAUAUUCCAGUGCAGGAAAAUACCCUCCAACCUGCCGCCUCCAACAUCUCCAAGAUGUACAUGUCCACCCCAGCCUAGAAAAGAGGACGGCGGCGGGGAGAGUGCCCGAAGGAGUUGUUGUUCGUCGCCAGUCUCGCCACCUCCACCACCCCCAACCCCCACGAAGACCUGGGACGCACCCGGAAAAGUGCCUUUCAGGCCGUGCUGUCCAUCUCUACAAGGACAAAAGUGCCCCGGCGCACCUACAUCCCUCCCUCGAGACAAAAUUCCACGUUCACCUUCUCCGGCGUUUGAACCCUCAAGGACGACCAUGCGUGGUCCCACAGGAGGACAGAAGAAGUGCGGAUGCUCCAAAGAUAAUUCACAAUUUGUAAAUAAAUAUUGA